AGGUGAGCGGCAGCUGUGAGACAGGAAACACGCAGCCUCAGUCGGUGUGUGGCAGUGCGUGGGAUAGGACGCGGUCGCUCUCCCUCUCCCGGUCCCUCGUCAUGCUGACUUCUCCUUGACAAGUGUUCGUACGUGAAGAAGACAACAAACAGUGCCACUUAGAAACUGCUGAUGAGUCGUGGCACUGAUGGAACCUACCGAGUGUGGAGUUGUGAUUUGUGACGCGAUAACGAAAUGUGUUGGUGACGCUUGUGAUACAUUGUGAUAGUGGCGGGAAGGAAGAUUGAUGAGGUAACAGCCUCAAGUAAACACCGUGAAUACCAUCGCCACUCUCCUCAACACGACUAGUCACUGUCAUUAUGUGGACGCUGUCAUGAUGUUGACAUUGGUGUUGCUGGUGGGCGCGGUCAGCUGCUCCCCGGUACCCAGCGAGCCUUCUCUUCCGGCUUCCAUUGCUCGCCAUGGCACGUCGCCUGCUGGCGCGGCUCACGUGGAAGCCACCCACGAAGCACGGCAGAUCACCUUUGAAGUGAUCGAGGAAGUGGGUGAAACUACACUCUCAACUACCUCAUCAGAUCUUUCUGGCGAGGACGACCCUCCUAUUCCCACCGCCACUACCCCUCCUGUGCUUCCUGAAUCCGAGCCCCAGGAAGCCAACCCCGCAGUAACCGAGCCGCACCACACGCAGCAGCAGCGUGAAACCAAUCCUUAUAUUAGCCAUGGGAGCCCCCUAGUCACCCAGCCCCAUGAGUCUCACGACAUUCACCUUCAUGCAUCACUGCCACACUCACAAACCACCCCACAUAAUGAUUCACAAAACAGUAGCUCACAUGCAUCAUCCUUUCAGCGUCAGACCUCCAACCCUGAAGCCAUUCAGCCCCACGCCACCAGCUCAGGGGUCAAACAAAAUGACACCCAACCAGAAGUCAUCCACUCUCAUGGUGCAAAUCCAGAAACUUCUCUUUCUCAUGAGAAGAGUUCAGAAGACACUCUACCUCACAAGUUAGCUGAGCAAGACAGUAAGUCUGGAAAUGACAAGACUUCCCCGCAGACGGUUUCAUCUGAGGAAAGUUCCACAGAAAGGCCGGCCUCUUCACAGAAAACGCCAACUUCACAGUCCUUUGAACAUGAACAUUCGCAGUCACCAGAAAAACACCAGCCUCAUGAAGCUUCAGUUAAUGGUGAUAAUGAUGACAGUAACCAACAGGUGGGGAAUGAUGGAUCCAAGAGUCAGAAUAGCAAAAAUACCAGUGAAGUUUCUCACAAUGUUCCCCAUCAUCACUACUAUCCAGAGGUUGAGUCUGUUGUUGAAGCUGACCUGCACUCAUGGGAAAACAGCGAUCACAAGCACUCCUCUGCCUCUAAAGUCAGAGAUGAUACUGAAGAUGCGGGCGCUGGAGAGGACUUAGCAGAUGCAGGGAACCAAGGAGUUAGAAAUGUAGUGAGUAGAGAAAAUAAUAGAACGUUGCCGCUGAGAGGGGCUGUCAGAGGAACCAUUUUGGUUGGUCAUUCCCUCGAACUAGCGAAAGACGAGAACAGUGACACUAAAGAUGGGAAAGUUGAAUACAUUGACACUGGAGCAUUGUCAACAGAUACCGAAGAGGAUACCACUGAUGAGUUAACGGCUGAAGAACUGCAACAAGAGUCAAAGAUCCAAGUUAGUAGAGCAGGAGAGAGUGUUCAACAUCCCCAUGAGCCAGCAGGAAGCGACGACAAACCAUCUGAGGAGAAUGGUGGCAGUAGUCAGGCUCAAGAAGUUUCUGAUUCAGAAAAGAAAGAAGAGAAAUCUGAAAAUAAAGAAGAGCCUACUGGGGAGGUGGAGAUCGUUCCUUCAUUGGUGAUGGACAGUUCAUCUAUAGACAUUGUAGAGAGGAGUGAGGGAGCUGAAAAAGAAGUGCUAGAAGGAGCUGCAUCUGAGACAGUAGUUGAGACAGCUACACGAAAGACAGACCUCACACCAGCAGAAGCAGCUGUUGAGGAAGACAGACGUGAAUCCCGCAUUUAUGUGAAGAGCACUGAAGACCAAACUCAUGAUCCUGCCAGUGUGGAGGACCAAAGAGAAAAUGAGAAUCACAAUGAUUCAAAGAUGACUGAUGGAUUAGAAAGCAUGAGUAUGACAUCGCCUACUCCUGAUACAUCUUUGGAAGAAGGACGAGCUUCUGAAGACACAGAAGCCACCAUAAUGCCACCUGAGACAUUUGAUGAGAAUGAGAAUACUACUGCAAUAGAGACUGAAGGCAAGAUCGAGGGGAAUGAGGAAAGUCCUGUCCCAGCCCCAAGUGUUGCCCCACCACCCGCUGAAGAUUACACUGAUAAUUACAGUGAUCCCAUCAGUGCUGAGAGCCUUCCAGACGAGUUGGUGACCCAACAAGAGAUACCUAGCAGAGAACGGCCUCAAACAGAUUAUCCACUUCUGUCAACCAGUGAUAAGGAGGCUAGUGGGAACCUUAGGACAGAAGGAGGUGUGGCCUGGGCUUUGCCUCCCCAGCAGGAGCAAGUGAGUGCCGUGGCUCCAGACUCCCUCACUCCAGGCUGCAUUGUGGCCAUCGUGUUUGGUGUUAUUAUUUCAGUCUCUGUUUUGCUGGGUGUCGGUGGGUUCGUGGUGUGGCAGCGACGUAGCCUCAACCGCCCCAAGGUGCUGGGGUCUGACAGGGGCUAUGCGGGAUCAGACUCGGGCGGCUACAUUGAUGACCAGGUGCGGGUUUCCUACGUCAACUCUCAGAUUGAUUCACCCAAGGGCACAGGUGGCCAGGCCUCUCAGUCACCUCAGGGAGAGCAGGUGCCACAGGUCCUGAUACACCUUAGAAGCCUCAAGCCCUCCUUGCCUAAGGGCCUAGGGAAGAGCUUUCAAAAGGCCCUCCCAUCCAUGCCCAAGGUUGCCCCUAUGAAUCUUCCCAACAUUGGCCAAUUCAUCCCUAAGUGGGAGUCCAGAGGAUCUAAUCAGUCUGGACAAUGAUUCCUUCUUGAAUAGUCUGGAGUCCAUGACUAUCCAAAACUUGUGGACUGACAAUAUUCGCCACACUAAAUUGUAGCCCCUCGCCUAUCCAUAUUCUUCCUGUGCUUGCCAGAGAGAGAGAGAGAGAGAGAGAGAGAGAGAGAGAGAGAGAGAGAGAGGAAAUAUUAUCAUAAAAAGGUAAACUACAGAUAAGUUUUCUAUGCUUUUAUGUUACCAAACUAGAUAUCCACAUUGUUUUUUUUUCAGUUGUCCAGCUUGCACAUGGAAGUAUGGAAAGAGGUUAUGUGAUGUUGAAGAUGAUCUCUGGUUGGUCAGUUCUGUACAUGAUUAUGAGUAAGGUAUUUACAUAACUGGUGGUGAAUGUGAGUCACAUUCCUGACUAAUGUAGAUGUGUGCAAGUUAAUGACCUUGAAAUAAUUAGUUUCCAUAGAUUUUCUGAAAUUUUAUACAUAAACAAGUGACUUGUGCAGUAUUUUUCCUAAAGCAAUAGGAUGCUCUCAAGAAACCUGGAUUUUAUGGAGUAAUCUUCUUUAUUUGGUAUGCACCAAUUGUCUUAAAGGAAUAAAUUUUUACAUUUUUUAAAAAGCAUACAUUAUGUUGCAAAUUGCAAGAGAAAUCUUACAUUUUUUGCAUGUGGCAUAAAGCAGCUAACUAAUCAUGGUGGAAUAAAGCUGUUGAGGAGAAAAUGGUAAUUGCACUUAUACUUUCAAGUUUUUGGCUCUUUGUUACUGGAGUCAGAAGAGAAUGACACCAUCACUUUACAGGGAUUAUGGAAAUUAAUCAUUUACUGCUUUAUAGCUUUUUGCUUUAUUCAAAUAGCCUUCCAUGGAAUGUAUAUAAUGUGAUGGAUAGGGAACAGACAAAAUACACAACACUUUUCUUUUUUUUCCCACUUGAAAUACUGAAACACUGCACUCCCACAUUACUUAAGAGUGUAAACAAAGGAAGUCCAACACUGUACUGCAAUUGUGUUAACAUUUUGUAUAUAGUUGUUCAUAAAUACUGAUGCAUAGACCAGUUAUUCUUAAAAAUGUGAUCUGCUCUUCCAUGGACUGAUAUUUUAAUUUUUUUUUUGAGUCAUGAAAAGAGAGGAAAUAUAAUUUAUGGACAUGGCUAAGCUUACUUUACAUUUUGAAAAUAAAUAUGAUAGCACUUCAGCCAUUGUAUGUAAUUUUCAGCAUAAUAGAAAAGAACUUCUGUUCAUAGUCUAAGGAAAGCCAUGAAAUGCAAAGUUAUGUAAAAAUAUUAUUGUAUGAUUAAAUACAACAGAUUAAAUUAAACUAAGAGGAAGGUAACACAAUAUUUAAGAAUCAAACAGAAUUAAACCUUUUGACACAUGUUUCUGUAGCUCCACUGAUACUCUGCAUCACAAGCCAUACCUGACUAUGAAUUCUAACUCCAACAGGUCAAUGUGAUAUUAUUCUUAGAACUUUACCAUUCAAAUCAUUCCACAAGAAUAGGUGUGUUCUGAAUUACCUAAUUCUUAUUAUCUUAAAUUACCAAAUUGUUUUCCAAUGAUGAUUUUUUUUGUUUUUGUUAUAAUUCAAAGAAUUUUAUUAAUUAAAACAAAAUAUAAUCACAAAAGAUUUGAAUAAUUUAUGAAGGUUAUAUUAAGUGGCUGUAACCUCAGACAGCCUGUGUGUUAUCAAGGCAAAUUUCCAUAAACUGUUCCAUAUGAGAAUGACAUUAGAGUAUUUUCUCUUAAAUGAAACUAAAUGUCUUAUGAAGUGGCCAGCAGAUCUUAAACACUCAGGAAAAAAUCAAAACAUUGAUUUUUUUUUUUCCAUUAUAGCAACACUGGCAUAUCUGCCACAUGCAAAUAUAUUAAACAUUUUUAAUUGA